CUGAUAAUAUCUUAGUAAUUACUUUUAGUAGAGUAAUACAAAAAAAUUAUUCGCAAUGAAAUUAAAUUUUUGUUUAUUGUUAGCAUUGAUUAUUUAUUAUGUUCAGUAUUUUCAAUGCUCAGAUGCUCACGAAAAUAAUGAAAUAUUCAUAUAUUCAUUGGUCAACGGGAGUAAUAUUGGUGAUCUGUACAAUGCAAACAGUGGCCAAUUUAUCGGCACUAAUAUAUUUGGCAAUCGUUUGGCCAAUUUGUCGGUUCAAUCAAAUAGUGUGGGAGAUGAUGAUCAAAAUAUAAACAUUGCAAUUGUUUACAAUGUUCAUGAUAAAUUUAACCAUUUUCAAUUGACUAGUUUACAAAAAUUGCAUCUAUUAGCCCAAUCAAUUAAAGUAGAUGAUGAUAAUGGUGCUAACAAAUAUCUGCUUGAUCAUCAAUCCUCAACAAAUGUGCAAGUAGCGUUUAUCAAAACUAUCAAAAGUAAAUCUCAGCAUGUCAAUUUAGAUGAUGAUAGUGUCAAAGCCGCUAUCAAUUGGGAAAGUCUAUUGCAUACCAGUGCCACACAUGUUGUUGUGGGCAUUGAAUGGGGCACUCGGCUUAUCGCUGCGAUCGGCGAUAGCAAUAGUGGCAAUAAAAACAGUGCUAUUAUUGGCAACCAAUUGGAGCGCACUGUCCAAACGGUUUACAAUAACGUAGAAAUCAAUGGCCAAUUCAAGUCAUACAACAAUAAGAUAAAUAAUAUUAAUUUAUUUGACUACCGGUUCAAAUUGUUUACCGAUAUUAAACCUGAUACUACACCCGUUACUAUUGUCGAUGCUAUUUCCUAUGUAAAAUACUAUAAAACUGACCAUGCUAAACAAUUGAACUACAAGAUUAUGCCGAUUAGUCAUUUGAUUUCAUUAAUGACUCAAACAAAACCCAAUUAUAAAACAAUUGCAAAACAAAUUGAUAAUGAAAUUGUUGAUAAAUUUGUACAAUUAUUUUAUAAUAUGAUUACAAUUGAACAACAAUUCAAUGAUUAUAUUUAUGGUAAACAAUCAGUCAAAGAUAGAUUAUCAGUGGCUAAUCUAACUGAACUCAAACAUGAUUUUGUUUUAUUUAAAAAUAAUUUUUCAAAAAAAUUGAUUGAAUUGCUUAAUAAAAUUGACACAAUAGAUGAUAAUGAUUGGUCUCAAUUUGUUAAUCAUUAUGAUGUGAGUCAUUCAAAAGUUGAUGAAUUCAAUAGUAAACUUAAAAAGUUUCAAUCACUGGUGUCUACUCAUCAUCAGCUUAUUGAUCCAAUUGUUUCAAAUGUCAAUAGAUCAUCAACAUUAUCAUCAUCAUCGGUAUCAUUGCAACAAACAAAAACGUCAAAAUACUAUAAUGAAAAUUUUAUUUACAUAUGUGGUGGUAAUUAUAAAAACAAAUGUUAUAAAUAUGAUAUACGUAAAAAAGUGUGGCAACAAAUUGCUAGUAUGAACUAUGGUAGACGUGGUUUUAGUUUAAUUACAUUAUAUAAUCAAUUGUUUGCCAUCGAAGGUCUGAAUGAUGAGCCGUAUUACUCGGUUGAAGUAUAUGACCCGUACAAUAAUUUUUGGCGAUUGGGUUCGUCAUUAAAUAUUAAACGACAAUAUUAUGGUGCUACUGUUUUAUACAAUAAUAUUUAUGUAUGUGGUGGCAGUUAUAAUGAUUGGAUAAAAUCGUGUGAAUAUUAUACGCCAUCAACUGAUGAAUGGAUGUUUAGUACACCACUGACCAGUGGUCGCAGUGAACUGGCUCUGGUAGCACAUGAUGGCUAUAUCUAUGCCAUUGGCGGAAGAGAUAAUAGCAAUUAUGGAUUAGAUUUAGUCGAAAGAUUUAAUACACAAAACAAAAUAUGGAGUCGAAUGGCUAAUAUGUUAUUUAAACGUACCCAAUGUGCUUCAGCAUCAUUCAUGGGUAGUAUAUAUGUUUGCGGAGGUAUUUACAACACUAAUGACAGCUAUUAUUAUACAAAUUCUUGCGAGAAAUAUGAUUCAGAUAAAAAUCAAUGGACUUCUAUCGCUAAUAUGACUACAUCGAGAAGUGAUUUUCAUUUACUUGUAUACAAUGAUAAAUUGUACGCCAUUGGAGAUAGUUCCCAAAUUGAUGUUUACGAUUAUCAAUCGGAUAUUUGGACUAAUACAGUGUCACUGCCUAAUUAUAAUUAUGAAUUUGGGGCAGCAAUUCUAUAAACAAUUAAAUGAUGGUUUAACGUUAUUAACAAUUUUAAACAAUAAUGUUUGUCAAUAUGAAUACAUUGAAUAUUAAUUUAAAAUUAGUUUAUUAUAUUCAUUAUUUAACCA